AUGCUGCAGUGGGGAAUCCUGAGGUCGUACCAUGUGUUUGCACUGGUGCUGUGUGUUUGGGCCAGUGAGGACUUUGACUGGACGAAGAACGAGAGGACGUCUUUCUACUAUGGCACCUUCCCAACUGGUUUCUCUUGGGGAGCUGGCAGCUCUGCCUAUCAGACUGAAGGAGCCUGGAACACAGAUGGAAAAGGAAUGAGCAUCUGGGACACAUUCGCCCACAAAAAGGGGAAAAUAUUGUACAAUGACACAGGGGACACCUCGUGUGACGGCUACUACAAAUUCAAGGAUGACAUCAACCUGAUGAAGGACAUGAAGCUGAACCAUUAUCGUUUCUCCAUCUCCUGGCCGAGGAUUUUACCCAACGGACUGAAAAGCGAACACAUCAACGAGAAAGGCAUCAAAUACUACGACGACCUGAUCAACAUGCUGCUGGACAACAAGAUCACCCCCGUAGUGACUCUGUACCACUGGGAUUUACCUCAGGUGCUGCAGGAGAAGUACGGCGGCUGGCAGAACGUCAGCAUGGUCAACUACUACAACGACUUCGCCAACUUGUGCUUCGAAAGGUUUGGAAACAGAGUCAAGUACUGGAUCACCUUCAACAAUCCCUGGUCCAUCGCUGUGGAGGGAUAUGAAACAGGAGAACAUGCACCUGGACUGAGGCUGAGGGGAACAGGAGCGUACAAGGCUGCUCACCAUAUCAUCAAGGCCCAUGCUAAAGUUUGGCACACCUACGACAUGCAGUGGAGAAGCAAGCAGAAAGGCCUGGUUGGCAUCUCGCUGACGGCUGACUGGGGCGAACCGGUGGACAUCUCCAACCAGAGAGACAUCGAAGCAGCAGAGAGAUACAUCCAGUUCUACCUGGGCUGGUUCGCCACGCCCAUCUUCCACGGAGACUAUCCCCAGGUCAUGAAAGACUACGUAGGCAGGAAAAGCGGCCAGCAGGGCCUCGGAGCUUCUCGGCUUCCCGUCUUCUCGCCUCAGGAGAAGAGUUACAUCAAAGGCACCUGCGACUUCCUGGGCCUCGGACACUUCACCACCCGCUACGUCACCCAGAAGAACUACCCAUCGAGUGUGGGGGACAGCUACUUCGCAGAUCGUGACCUCGCUGAGCUGGUUGACCCACAGUGGCCCGAUCCUGGCUCUGAAUGGCUCUAUUCAGUUCCCUGGGGCUUCCGACGCUUGUUGAACUUUGUCAAGACUCAGUAUGGAAACCCGAUGGUCUACGUGACAGAAAACGGCGUGUCAGAGAAGAUGCUGUGCACUGACCUGUGUGACGACUGGAGGAUGCAGUACUUCAAGGACUACAUCAAUGAAAUGCUCAAAGCGAUGAAAGACGGGGUGAACGUGAAGGGCUACACGGCCUGGUCUCUGCUCGACAACUUUGAGUGGGACGAAGGAUACUCCGAGAGGUUCGGUCUCUUCUACGUCGACUUCAGGAACAAGAAUAAACCGCGAUACCCGAAGGCCUCGGUCCAGUACUACAAACGCAUCAUCAGCUCUAACGGCUUCCCCAAUCAGAGAGAGGUGGAGAGCUGGAAGAGGAAAGCCGUGGAAACGUGCUCCUCCAGUAACCAGCUCCUGGCUGCAGAUCCGUUGAUAGGCCACAUGGAGAUGGUGACAGAGAUCGUGGUUCCUACAGUGUGCACGCUCUGCAUCCUCCUCAGUGCAAUCUUCCUCAUGUUCCUGCUGCGUGGACGCCUCUGA